GUCAGGCCCCGUUGGAUUUGAACCUCUUCAUCCCAACUCUCCUCUUCUCUCUUCUCACCUCAUCCUCAUUCUUCUUGAGAGUUGUUGCACCGCCCAGCAACUCCAGGUCCUACAAUGGCGCGCCUCCCCUCUCUUUUCGGGGCCCUGCUCCUCUCCGUCUGCCUCUUUACACAACCCCUCCUCGGCGCCUCGACCACUACCACUUCCACAACCACCGACAACAAAGUCCAAUACUGCCAAACCGGUCUUACUUCAGGAGCAGCAGACUUCUGCCUCUCCCUCUCCUCCCUCCCAAACAUCACUACUUCCUCCCACGACAUCUACUUCCAUCUGACCGUCACUCGCUGGAACGCAAAUGGAUGGACAGCCAUCGGCACAGGGCAGACGAUGGCGGGAGCGUUGAUGUUUGUUGUUUACGGCGACCCUAUCAAUGGUACCCAAAAGGAGCCGGUAGUCAGCGUCAGAACGGUGGAAGGACAUCGCCAACCGCAGUUGAUCCAAGAUUUUGGGACAGUAGCUGGGAAGGGGUUUGAUGUCCAGGUUCUGGCAUCUAGUUGGAAAGAGGGCGGUACCGUUCCCGCCAGCGGUACUGGAAAAGGAAGAAAGGGAAGGAAGGUGAAGAGACACGACGACCACGAUGAACACCCCAUCAUCCCUUCGCCUGGCACACCGACUUAUGUCGCCGACGUUUUGCUCGCCUGCUACUCCUGCUCUUUGUGGUCCUCCGGCUCUGGAUCCUGGCGGACUUCGACCUCCGCUACUUCUGCAUCUCAGCCUUUCCUCUGGGCCUGGAACGACCGCCAAGAUUUCGGUGGAAACUUCACCCGGGAUGCGCGGUUGAAGAUGCAUCGCCAUCACGGCUCAGAGACAGGUGGAUACGGCUUUUUCUGGGCGGAUAUGACGCGCUCCGUCCUCGGCAACUAUUUAGGAAAGCCAACCACCUCCGACCUCCUCGCCCACCUCACCAUCGACCCCAGUACCAAACUCCUCGGCACCAGCACCCAACCCCUCUCCGCCUCGGGCUGGCUAGACAAAGUAACCUCAAACCCCCUCCCCAAAACCCACGCCUUCUUCAUGACCAUUGCCUUCCUCAUCCUCUUUCCCCUCGGCGUCCUUUUAAUUCGCAGCCCCGGUAACGCCUUCAAAAAGCACUGGUUAGUCCAAGCGCUCGCAUCCACUUUCACUCUCGCCGGUGCUGGUGUAGGUCUAUACAUGACCGGCCGCCACAUCCCUUCUACCUUCCACCAGUGGCUUGGUUUAGUUAUUACCUUGUUGCUGGUAGUCCAGGUGAUUCUGGGGUGGAGACAUCACAUUGAUUUCUUGAGAAUCCGCAGAAGGACAUGGAUUUCUUAUGGACAUAUCUGGCUGGGACGGUGGGCGGUGGUGGCGGGGUGGGUUAAUGUUAUUUUGGGACUCUUGUUGAGCGGACAUAGUAGGGUGGAUGUGUGGGGAGUUGGGAUCUUCGUGGGGAUGGAGGCUGUUGUGGUUGUUUGGUGGGUUUGGAGGGCGGCGCAGAGGAAGGCGCUGGCGGGUGUGAAUGGCGGGCAGAAUGCAAAGGGAGGGAUGGGAGGAGAGGAUGGGGAGGCUGAAAGUUAUGGGUUGAUGGCUAGGAAUGGAAAUGGAGGAGGGGGCGCGGACGGGGAGUAUUUUAGGUUGAGUAUGAGUGAGGAUGAUUUGAGUAGUAGUGAGGAUGAGGAGGAGGGGAAGAGGGGGGAUGGAGUUAGGAGUGGUCGGUAAAUAGGCGAUGAUGCUGCUUGCGUGGAUGAUUGGAAUUGGAUAUGAUGUUAUGACUCCGGGUAAAUGUGUUCACUGGUAUCGUUUGUAUGGUUCGUGGCUUCAUGGCGCUGUGGUGCUUGAUCGCUUCAAUGCAAGAUGAUUAUCACAGGACUAGACCUAGAUGUGCACAGCGACCAAGUCCGAGAAACCACCAAAAGAUGGACAAUCUUGUGUUUGGCGAAACAGGACUCAAAUGCGUACACUAUCGAGGUAGACAAUGGACCAGCGGUCAACAUUAGUCAAGCCGAGCUGAGCUGGACGUUCGACUCGGCUCGGCUCGGCCUGGCUCGUAAGAUUUAUGUUGAGCUCGGCGCGGCUCGAAUCCAGCUUGGCUAAUGUUGACCGCUGCAAUGGACCGUAACAGUUUUUAUGACUUCCUCUUCCGCUGGACGU